CCUGAUGCACAGCCCGCUGGUGGGUGCAACCCCGCGUUUCUUUUUCUGCACUGCAAUGCAGCAUUGAUGCCCAGACAAUUGUGCCUCGCCAAUGAGCCCUGAAUUCCGCACCAUGUUUACAAUAACCAAGACCACACGCCGUCGUCCCACGUCCCCCGAUGUCUCGGCUAGAGCCAAGAUCCUGGGCCAUCACCAAGACUUCUCCCACAAGACAAACGCGCUCAGCCUCCGCACCCGACUGCCCGUGAAUCUCUGGGCACCCACCACCUGGUGUUCCUGUUCUAGGCACACCUUCUAUUGUGCGCCAGGCGCCCCCAAUUUAGCGCAAUGUUUAUUUUCAUCGCCUGCAAAUGCAAUACUCACAAAAUCGCAGCUAUAUAAGGGUUGCACGCCGCCCGCUGCACCACUUCUUCACUAUUGAUCCCUCUAGAUCGUCCUUUCGCUGUAUCUAUCCCUCCAGGCCUGGUCCAGCGACCGUUUCUACAUCCGUGGUGUCGACUACCAGCCUGGUGGCUCCUCCAAAUUGACCGAUCCGUUGGCCGACACCA